GAUGGAAUGCUUUAUGCCAUUUACGUCGACUUAGGUUCUCCCUUUCAAACGGUUGGUCUAAUCUUAGACACUGGUUCUUCUGAUGUUUGGAUAAAAUCCUCAAAGUCAACCUCUUGCAUUCCUUAUUCCUACAACUCAACAACAGUCGAAAUUUAUGGUACAACUUAUCCCCACGAUUGCUAUUACUAUGGUUUAUUUGACCCAGAUUCUUCUUCCACUUUUAUUAACAAUAAUACUGACUUUUUCUUAAACUAUAUGACUGGCUUCUCAAAUGGCACCUGGGCAAAAGAUUCCUUCAAUUUAAAUGGCGCACUAAUUCAUAAUUACACUUUUGGUCUCUCAAAUUAUACCAACAUCAACCCAGGUGUAUUUGGAAUAGGUCUAAUUGCAAAUCAACAAACUCAAAAUAAAUACCAAAAUUUUCCUGCAAGACUAAAAGAUGAUAAUUAUAUCGCAAGAAAUCUAUACUCUCUUUUCUUAAACGAAGGCUUAAAUGCAACAGGCAAUUUACUAUUCGGAGCUAUUGACCACGCUAAAUAUACUGGAAGUUUGAAAACUUUCGAAGUAGCAAAAGAAAGGUCUUUAAUGACUGCAGAUUUGGUCAACAUUAGAUUUAAUAACCAAACGUUAACCACUGUCCCAGCUGGUGCUCUCUUCGAUUGUGGUGCAACUGAAAUCUCAUUUCCUGAUCCUGUCUUUGAUCAGCUUUUAUCCUUAUUAAACAUCCCCGAAAUGUACGCCAUAGUUGAUUGUAAUAAUAAAGCUAAUGAAAUUAUCACUUUUGAUUUUGAUGGCUUUUUAUUCGAAAUCCCAGUCAAGGCUUUAUACUAUGAUAACGGUGAUGGCACUUGUACUUUUGUAGCUGGUCCAAUGGGUGCUACAAAUCAAAUGAGUUUAGGUAUCGAAUUUAUGAAAUACGCUUAUAUUGUCUUUGAUCUUGAUAACAGACAAAUAUCUUUAGGCCAUCCAAAUUAUACGACUGAUAAAGAUAUUCAAGUAAUU